AUGGAAGAAGUAUUGAUUGAGAACAAAAGGUUGGUUGAUCGUGAGAAGAAACUGGAAAAGCGUGUUAAGUCUGUGGAAGCUGAAAAUUCUUCAUUAUUAAAGAAAGUUGAAGCUGAUCAGGGAGAGAUUGAUAUUCUUAAAGUUAAAGUUGCAGAGUUGGAAGAAGAGAAAGCACGCAGAGAUGAGCAGAACAAGUACUUCGAGUUAAAGAACAAAGAAUUGGAAGCUGCUAAAGCAAUGAAAGAACACGAGAUAUACAUGAUGAAUAAAGUGUUAGAAAAUUUGCUUGGAAAGUCUGUUGAGCAGAGAUUUGAAGAGAUUGAAGUUGAAGAGGUUAGAGCUCGACGUCAAGCUGAAAUUGAUGCUGAGAUGAAGUAUAAAGGCAAGGGUGUUGAAGAUGACACAGAGGAUGUAUUUUCUGCUAGCAGUCAUGAUGAUGACGAUGGUAAUGAUGAUGACGAUGGUCAAGGUGGUACAGGAUUUAAAGUUACAGAAGCAUCUAAUGAAGAGAAUGUCGAAGAUUAUCUUCAUGACGAUGCAAACGAAGAGCCUGAGGAUGCUACAGGUGAGGGGGAGAACGUUGAGGAUCAGAAUGUUGAAAAAAGAGAAAAGUUGAUUUUGCGUCAAGAGCCUGAAGUUGAGGAAGGAGAAAUCAGGCAUACUUACACAAUGAAUGAUAUUAUCGAGAUGACGCGCAUUGAUGAUCCUAAUUUCAAGUUUGACUUUGAAGAAGAGUUGAAUGCAUUUGAUACGAAUCAACAACCCGAGUAUCAGUAA